AUGCAAAAAGCAGUGUCUAACAGUGAUAUCGAGAGUAAUCUGCUUCAUAUGCUGGCACAUCAUUCAAAUAAAAAGUGGAGAACUAAGCGGUAUAAAAAAGUUAUAGAAGCAGAUAGUACAAUGCGACAAAAACGAUAA